GUCAGCAGCAACGGCGGCUUCAGUCUGCUUCUCCUCCUCCUCAACUUCCGUGGAUCGACUUCGGCUCUGAUCACCAUCCAAUCGACACGUUAACGUUGAUCAAUGACUCUGCACGAGUCGACAUCCCAAUAGGAAGCGACCUGUGUGAAGUAACAGCCGAAGCACAGGAGAGAGAAGAGUUGGUCUCGAUGAGCAGAAGCUUUGAUGAACAACAGGAUUAAAACCGAUCUGCCCACUCACCACGUGUGUCUCCACUAAACAUUUACCGCAAGGCUUCAUGUCCGUCCGAGUCUCAGCCAUGAGUGUUUUUCCUCCUGUCCGAAAGGACCGUAUCAUUGCUCAGCUCCCUCAGUAUUUCAGGAAGGAGGCAGCCUUCCACACGAAGGAGGACUUCAACAGUAAAGUGAGGACGGCCUGUCAGGAGCAGCGCACCGGCACUGUGGGCAGAUUUAAAAUCUCAAAGGUCAUUGUUGUGGGUGAUCUGGCGGUGGGGAAAACCUGUCUGAUUAAUAGAUUUUGCAAAGAUGCUUUUGAUAAAAACUACAAGGCAACGAUCGGUGUUGACUUUGAGAUGGAGCGCUUCGAAGUGCUGGGCGUUCCUUUCAGCCUUCAGAUCUGGGACACUGCAGGCCAAGAGAGGUUCAAGUGCAUUGCCUCCACGUACUACAGAGGAGCCCAGGUUGUGAUUAUCGCGUUUGAUGUAAACAACGUGGCCUCUUUGGGCCAUGUGAGACAGUGGCUCGAAGACGCCCUGAAAGAGAAUGACCCCACUGCGGUGCAGCUGUUCCUUGUUGGCACAAAGAAAGACCUGAGCUCUCCUGCACAGUAUUCUCAGAUCGAACAAGAUGCCCUCAAAAUAGCACAAGAGAUCAGUGCAGAGUAUUGGGCUGUGUCGUCGCUGACUGGGGAAAACGUCAAAGAGUUUUUCUUUCGAGUUGCAUCAGUGGCCUUUGAGACCAACGUUCUUGCUGAGUUGGAGAAAAGUGGAUCGAGGCAAAUUGGGGGCGUCGUCAGAAUUAACAGCACUUCAAACAAUGUGCAUGCUUCAUCAAAGAAGAAGCAGACAAACUGCUGCCAGUAAGGAUGGCAGCAGAAGUUUAAAGUCAAAGACUGAAGGAGGGAAAAGACUGGAGGUAUUUCUGUGGUCAAGGCAGGAGGAGGGACGCUGGAGUUUUACUUCCAGACAUGUUUGACUUCAGUUUUUCCUGGCCGAGAAAGAAUGUUCCCCUGUGGGAUGUGGAUGCUUGUGGUGUUGCUCAGUUUAACUGGUCUGGAGUUAGAGAGCGACAAAGCAACUCCACACAAAAUGACUGUUAUGUUACUGCAAAGAUGCCAAAGAGUGACUGUGGAUGUUUUUAACAUGAUGUAUGUGGGUGCUUAAAUAUUUAGUCUUGCUGCUGUAUUUUGUUUAACAAUUAAGAUUUUCCUUCAACUUAAAAUGUUAUUUUUCAUCUACAGUGUAUUCUUCAUAGGUACUUUUUGCUUUUUGCUCACAAUCAAUUCAAUGACUUUUUUUUAGAUAAUUUGUCAAAAAAAUGUCAACAGAUUUUUUCAACGGAUUAUUUUCAGCAUUUAUUUUCUUUAAAAUGUCUUAUAGUAUGUUUUACAUGUAAUAAAAAAAGAUGGAAAAACA